AUGGGGAAGAGCAAGCGGAUAGAUUUCCUUGUGCUGCUAAAUCAUCUUUUGAGUCCAAAGAAGGGCGCGGGAUUGGGGAUUAGGGUUCAAUGGGGGGUUUCAGCAUUGUUUCCCUCCUUUCUGAGCAUAUUUGUAGUCUCUGUUUUCGGCACCAACACAGACAGUCGGACACAGGUUAUGAGGUUAAGGAAGUUUAACAGAAUGCCAUCAAUGUUCAUACUUGUGAAGGACAUUAAACCUCAACACCAACUCAGGGCAAUUCGUGUUAGAGCAGUCAGAGUAUUCGAAGUGCCAGAGAAACGGGGAGAGGGUAACAGCAGUAAGAGUAUGGAAGUACUAAUGCAUGAUGAAGAGGGAAGCUAUAUUCAUGCUAGCAUUCUAAAAAAUCAUGUGGUGAAAUAUAGAGAGAUAUUCAAGGAAGGAAAACUGUACGAAAUUAAGAAUUUCAUUGCUGCGACAAAUUAUUAUGUGUACAAGAUUACACAGCAUGCAUAUAUGCUGAAAUUGAACUACAAGACAGAAGUGAAGGAGAUAAACUCUUUAGGAUUUCCUUUUAAAAUGUUUCGAUUAAAGAGUUUCAGUUCUUUAAAAGAGACUGCAGAUGUGAACGACAAGGAACUUAUUGAUGUUAUUGGUCGAGUAAUUGAGAUCUAUAAUCCUGUGGAUAAGAUUAUAGGUGGAAAGGCAACGAAACUUAUUGACUUUCAGAUUGAGGAUAAUCUUUGGUUUGGUUUUUACUACUAUCAUGGCAAUGAGAACACACUGUCAUGUACUCUAUGGAAUGAACAUGUUGCAUCACUCAUGCCGUAUUACAAUUGUGAUUCAAUCGAACCACUUAUUGUUGUGAUUCAGUGCUGUCGUGCUAAGGUGGUUAGUGGUGAGGUUAGAAUCACCAGCUCAUAUGAUGCUACCAAGCUAUGGUUCAAUGAAGAUUUUGAGGAAUUUCUAGAGUUCAAGUCCAACAUGAAAUCUGAAAGAACUCCCAUGAAGAGUUUGAGUACGGGGACUCUGCACUCACAGGAUGCUGGCAUUAGUGACUUUAAAAGUGGUGGACUCAUUGUGACUACCUGCUACGACCUUAAGAGGACACAAGUGGAUGGGGAAUACUAUGUUGCUGCUGAAAUCUUGGGUUUAAAUCUUGAUGAUGGGUGGUAUAAGGUGGUCAUCAUUGCUUUAGACAAGAGUGGAGAUGCUCCACUCUUGCUUUGGGACAGAGAAGUUGCUGAGCUGGUUGGAAUUCCUGCAUGCUUAUUGUAUCAGAAAUACAAGGAGACUGAUGUUGAAGUCCCCCCCGAGUUGGAUGCUAUUGUGGGAAUGAAGAUGUUGUUUAAAGUAGGUUUAAAAUUGGCUCUAAAGCGGGGUAAAAAUUCUCCUUUCAAUGUGUUGAGGCUGUUAAGGGACGAACAUUUGGUCCAGACUUAUAGUGACAGGUUUGUCGAGCACCAAGAGCAAGAUUUAAUCUCAAAGAUGCUUGAGGAGGAAACAAACAGUGCUGAAAAUUCUGAAGAAGCAUCUAUAGGUGUAGAGGUUAAUAGUCCUGCAUCUAUGCAGCCCUCUCAACAUGAACCUGAUGACACUGUGGUCAGCUCCUUAGCUACAGAAAGAUCACUCUUGGAUGAGUUUUCCUCAUCCAAAAGUCGCAAGAGAACAACAGCCCCCAACAUCAAGAAGGAGAAGACAGCUUGA